GCUUCGACUCUUUGUUCAGACUGGUCAAGCCUCGUAGCCCGCGGCGAUUCGAAGAUGUCAAACUUAAUCAUGUACGGUCGCUGUUCUGUUACAACUCGAGGGCCUACUGAGAUUGAUAAGGUUUACGUCAACCAAAAUUGCAUCCUGCGGCUUCGAGGCGAAGCCAAGAUUCACGAUGUGAUACUCAACGACCAUUGCCAACUCCUAAGCUGGGAGGCUUCCUGGACUAAACUGGUAGUCGGAAAUGAUCAUUGCAGUCUUAUAUUCCAAGGAAAAACCAGGAUUCUCAGUGCAGUGCUCACCGAACACUCUCAAUUAUUGAGUAGAGAAAGCGCUCGUGUACAGUCUCUUGUCGGCCGAGACCACUGCAAACUCUUCUUCCAGGGAAAGACCAACAUCGAAGCUGCAUCUCUUCGAGAUCACGCUUUGCUUUUUUGCAGAGGAAGAUCCAAAAUAAGAGCCGUCGUUGCUUCUGACUGGUCAUUGGUAGCGAUGAUGACAGUUGGAAGACCCAGCAGUUUACUCUUACAAAAUUAUGCCAAGGCCUUUCUCACAGAUUCUACCGCCACCAACCUUCCAUAUAAUCCCAAAGAUGAUAGCUUAGAGAAUUCAGAGAAUCAAUCUCAGGCAGGGAACAGUGUGAAUAAUAUCUAUGUUGAGCAUCAGGCCAGACUUGCGGAUCUGACAAGGGCCUACGAAAGCGACGAGAAAUUGGAGAACGAAGCAAGCACGAAUGACUUUACGACCACGCAAAUGAUGACAUGGUCGAAGAAGAUAGCGUUUCCAACUGGAGAUGGAUCAAAGAAGCUGUGGAUCAGGUCAAGCGUGAGGCGUUCGCAGAUGGCCAGUGAGUUCAAUCUUUUGAGGGCUGGCUGACCUGCGCCUUGAGAAGCCUGCUGGGGUUGGUUAUUUAACCCCCGGAGCUCCUGGAUGGUAUGGAUGAG